CGGCCGCUGGAGGGGCGGCGGCGGCGGCGGUGGGCGCCGCGGGCGAUGCCCCUGCCCGGCUGCUCCGGCGCGGGGCGGUGCGAGCAGCGGCGGCGGCGGGGGAGCAGGCAGGGGGCGGCGGCUGCCACAGAGGGGCCGAGAACUGGCGGCGGCGGCGGCGGCGGCGGUCGUGAAGGGCACCGGUGGCGGCGAUGAUGGUAGCGCUGAUCUGAAGAUGGAAAGAGCCAGGCGAAGGGGAGGCGGCGGCGGCGGCGGCCGUGGCCGCGGCGGCAAGAAUGUAGGGGUCUCUGGCCUAAGCAAGAGUAGACUGUUCCCCCAGGCCCAGCACUCCCACUACCCCCACUACGCAGCUUCAGCCACCCCUAGUCAGGCUGGGGGCGCCGCCGAAAUCCAGGAGCUGGCCUCCAAACGAGUGGACAUCCAGAAAAAGAGGUUUUACCUAGACGUGAAGCAGAGCUCGCGGGGCCGGUUCCUGAAGAUAGCCGAAGUCUGGAUAGGGAGAGGCCGGCAAGACAAUAUCAGAAAGAGUAAACUGACCCUCUCCCUGUCGGUAGCAGCGGAGCUGAAGGACUGUCUAGGGGACUUCAUCGAGCACUAUGCCCACCUGGGCCUGAAAGGCCACCGACAAGAGCACGGUCACGGCAAAGAGCAGGGCUCCAGGAGGAGACAGAAGCACUCAGCGCCCUCCCCGCCGGUCUCGGUGGGGUCCGAAGAGCACCCCCACAGUGUCCUCAAAACAGACUACAUCGAGAGGGACAACAGGAAAUACUAUCUAGACCUGAAGGAAAACCAGCGGGGGCGCUUCCUAAGGAUUAGACAAACCAUGAUGCGGGGGACUGGCAUGAUAGGUUAUUUUGGCCACACUUUGGGCCAAGAGCAGACUAUUGUCCUCCCAGCUCAAGGAAUGAUCGAGUUCCGCGACGCCUUGGUUCAGCUCAUCGAAGACUAUGGCGAAGGGGACAUCGAAGAACGCAGAGGUGGAGACGACGACCCCGUGGAACUCCCCGAGGGGACUUCUUUCAGAGUGGACAAUAAAAGGUUCUACUUUGAUGUGGGCUCUAAUAAAUAUGGAAUUUUCCUGAAGCCUUGAGAAACUGCAGAGGUUGGUGAUUGGAGAGACAAGGAGCAUCACACAGGUCUUUGUCUCAAAGGCUUUUAUUUAGGCAUCCCAGUCCUCCCCUGUGCACCGCCUACAUCACUGCCGAUAGAGGGGAGUUAAAAAGUUACAAAGAGUGACUGGCCUCCCAGGUGGCUCAGCUUUAAAGGAUCCGCCUGCCAAUGCAGGAGAUACGGGUUUGAUCCCUGGCUUGGGAAGAUCCCCUGGAGAAGAAAAUGGCAACCCACUCCAGUAUUCUUGCAUGGAAAAAUCCCAUGGACAGAGGAACCUGGAGGGCUAGAGUCCAUGGGAUCACAAAGAAUCAGGCAUGACUUAGCGACUAAACAACAGCAAUCACAAAAAGUGACACCUUUCUCUCUAAACCCAUCUUUUGGAGGCCUAUUUCUUUAUCAAAGACAGCAUUUUAGAGCAAGGAAAGUGUAUUUUGAAGUGCAUAUACACAUAUGUGAUCUGUCAAUUUCAAAAAUACCUGUACACAUAAAAUUCCAUUGCAGAAGCAUUUAAUGAAAGCCUUUAGCUGGUGGUGGUUCACGCUAGUAAUCUGAUCAACAGAUUCUGUAGAGUGAAUUGGCUGUUGUAGAAUUUUUUUUUCUCUCCUUCUCCUCAAAAUAGCAGAUCCAUUUUAGAUUCAUGAUUGCUUCUUCUUCAGUGUAGUUUGAAAUCUAACUCGGAUGAAAAAGAAUACUUUAGUUUGGCAGUUCUUCACCCUGGCCAUUUUGUAGAAAUUUUUCUCAGUUUCCCAUUUCAGACCCUCCAAGCAGCUUUACCAAAAGAACACAGCUAAGUGACAGAAUUACCCAGCAGAUGAAACAACAAAAUCUUGAGCUGACUUAGGAAUAAAGAUAUGGAUAUGUACAAGACACCUUGUAUGUACAGAACGUACAGAACUUUUCUUAUCAUUUGCUAAUUUACUUCAGAAACAGCUAUAUUUUAUUUCUAGGUCCUUUAAACUAGCAAGGUGAUUUAUGCCAAUAAUUGUCAGUCUAGAAUUUAAAUAGGUAGAAUAGUCUGAAGUUUCAGUUGCAUUUACUAUGGGGUUUUAUCUUUUGGGUAGGAUGCAUAAAGGGCUUACCAAGUGGCUCAGUGGCAAAGAAUCUGCCUGCCAACACAAGAGACGCAAGAGUCUCGGGUUCUAGACUCGCAAGGAAUCUUCCUGAGUCAGGAAGACGCCCUGGCCCCCUGGAGGAGGAAGUGGCACCCCACUCCAGUAUUCUGGCCUGGAAAAUCCCAUGGACAGAGGAGCCUGGUAGGCUGCAGUCAGCCCACAAGGUUGCAAAGAGUCAGACACUUUUGAGUCAGACACAGUUGAGCAACUGAGCACACAAACACACAUCGAUCACUGUUUAGUAAAUUCCCACAAAAGGGUAAACCAUGUUAUCAUCAGGCAUAAAAAUAGACUUUUAAAUUCUGUCGCUUAUAAAUAACCUUCCUUAUCUUUCCCAUCCCUUCUGUACAUUCUACCCUGUUGAAGGUGGUAUGGUGGUUCAGUCGCUAACUCACAUCUGACUGUUUACAACCCUGCAUCGCGCCAGGCUUCCCUGUCCUUCGCCGUCUCCCAGAGUUUGCUCAAACUCAUGUCCAUUGAGUUGAUGACGCCAUCCAACCAUCUCAUCCUCUGUCGUCCCCUUCUCCUCCUGCCCUCCAUCUUUCCCAGCAACAGAGUCUUUUCCAAUGAGUCGGCUCUUUGCAUCAGGUGACCAAAGUAUCGGAGCUUCAGCUUCAACGUUAGUCCUUCCAAUGAAUAUCCAGUGUUGAUUUCCUUGAAAGUGGUUAAAGACUCGUUUUUUUCCCACUACCACCGUGGCCCCUCUCUAUCCUAUUUAUUUGUUCCAAUGACUAUUGAAACACCACAAAGAAAGGCUAAAGCUCAUCUUUGAAAAAGUAUAAAAGGCCCUAUGAACUUGACUUUGGACUCUUAAGAAAGAAGGGCUGCUGCUUCACUUAACUAAUUUCAACACUCUGAUCAGAACUUCUGUGUAACAGUUUAAGAUGAUGAGAAAACAUUUUACUUGGGAUGAUACAGCCUGAAAGGUCAGUUACUCCCACUGUUCAGUACCCAGCAGGUCUUCAGAAAAUAUUUUGACUAACAUGAUUGACAGGUAAUUUCAGAAAUGAAUUUAGCCUCUAGGAAAAUUGCACCAUGACCAUUUUCAAACAGAAAGUGUUAACAAAAGGGAGAGUCAAGUAAGAUUUAUCGGUACUAAUGACUACUUCCAUGCUCUAGGAAGUACUAAUAAGUACUAUUGUCUUCCAUGCUCUAGGCUUUGCUAGACAUCUUCUACUGUUAUCCUUAUCUUAAUAUAAUUUUCCAGAGGCUUAGAAACUGGUUCAGAAUAUAUUUGAUCCUUAUUGACACAAAGCCAAAGAGUGUGCUCAGUUAGGCCAGAAUGCCUUUAAGACUUACUCUGAGAUUUAACCCCAACUAAUAAAGCACAGUCUACCCCAGCCACCACUGUCAAUAAAUCUGCCUCCGAUUACUGGGAAUUAUUUUUAAUCCAAAACUAUUCCCUAUACCUGGGGCUGGUACCACCAAAAGACACUUAUUUACAUGAACAUUUAUCUAGCUGGUUAAACUAUGAUGCCAAUCCAACUUACUUGAUUUUUGGUGUAGAUUAUAGAUUGAACCUCUUAUCCUGACCAAGUGUUUCAAAUAAAUGUGAAUAACUUUUUAAAGGGAUCAGAUGAUGAAAAUACAGAUGAUCAUUCCAAUUCUACCCAAAGGGCACAGAGGAAACAAAUUACUAUUCACUGUGGGUCUGCAGUUUAAUUUUCAUGAUCCAAAGUUAACUGGUUAUGUCUAACAGGUCUUGGCAAUAUUAGAGUUUCAUUGGGUGUUUUUUUUUUUUUUUCUUUUUGGCAACUUUUUCUGCCAUCCUACUCUUUCUGCAUUGUUCCAUUCAUUUUCAUAUUUUAAUUACCAAGUUUCCUCUUUUUCUUCUGAACUCCAAAAGGAUAAACUGUGAUGCCUGCCCUGUUUACAGAUCCAGUGGUUUUCAAACUUUAAGAGAAUUAGAAUCACCUAGAGGGUUUGUUAAACCAGUUUAGUGGCCCUUACCCCCAGAGUUUCUGUUCCUUAGGUAUGGGGAGUGAAGAGAGGAGCAAGAAUUUGUGUUUCUCAUAUAUUUGCAGGGGACCCCAUGCGGCCGAUCUGGGGACCAUACUUUAGUACUUACAGUACUCUAGGUUGAUAUGAUUCUACCUUAGCUACACAGGAUGCUGAAGCAGAAACUUGGGUCAAGACAACUGUAGCAUCUUGCUGGGAAAAAGAUCCAGCAUUAUUCCUUCUGCUUUGAGAAGUUUACAAAUCCCAGAGUUGACAAAAAGAUGGUUUUUUGCAACUUUUUCUGCCAUCCUACUCUUUCUGCUUUAUGCCAUUCACUUUCAUAUUUUAACCUUUUUGAAUAAAUUGACUAGAGGUUGGGUAAAGAAUUAUUUUCUUCCCUUUCAUUACAUUUAAGAAUUCAUUAGUUGCCUCUGAUUUUUUAACAGCUAUCUUGAGAUAAUUGUGAUUGGAAUUAACCAUUAUGAAUCCUUAUGUGAAAAGCUUAGCUUUCAGAUUUGUGGAGACUGUAACAUAUUUUUGAUUUAUUAAUAACUGGUAGACAAGUCUUGCUAAAGGAAAGUGAAUAAUUUCUAUACUCAAGAACUGUUAAUACAAGUUUUAGUGAAUACUAAGUAUUAGGACUUGAAGGGACCUUGGAAUUAGUUUGGUCCCUUAAAUUUACAUUUUGUGAUAUACUCCAUGUACUUCAAAGGUCCAUAAUUACUAAAAUAGGCUAGGUAAACAGAUAAUAAAGGUUAAAACUUAAAAUGCUGCUUAGCUCUCAAGAUACAUAAGUGGUAAGAGAUACAGUAUAAUUCUUUUGCAAGACUGUGAUAUUUUCACCAUCUUCCUAAGUCCUAUCUGUAUGCAGAGGAUAGAGGAAAUAUAUAUAUAUAUGUAUAUAUACACACACACACACACACACACACUAUAGUGUAUUUACGUACUUUUUCAGAUUAACAGUUGGACCCACUGAUUUAAAUUUAGAGAUACUUCACCUAAAUACUCACUGGGAAUAUUAUUUGGAAACAUAACUAACAUAUUAAUAAUUCAUCUUAUGUUUGUCAACUUGAGGACAUUCUAUAAUUAGCGUGUUGAUCAAAAUUAAUAAAAGCUAUUUUAUAUAUAAAUAUAAUUAAUAAAUAUGACUAUAUGUAAACUCUUAGCAGCUGUCAUUUUAGUGGAUCACAUCCUAUCAGAAAUACUAAAUUCAUAUGUAUACACUUGGUGGUUCUGCAAGUUCUUUAACUUCUCUUUACAGCUUCAGUGCUUACUGAGUGAAUGAGUGAAUUCACAAUGAACGAAUUCCUAAUUGUGAAAAAGAUUAACUGCUGAUCUAUCAGAGAUGGGCUUCCCGGGUAGCUCAGCUGGUAAAGAAUCUGCCUGCAGUGCAGGAGACCUGGGUUCAAUCCCUGGGUAGAGAAGAUUCCCUCACACAUGAUGCAUAAAGGUAAUUAAUAAAUCAGAAAAAUAAGUGGACUAUUGUAACUUUGAUAACUCUUUUCUACUUAGAGUGAAUUUCUUAGAAAUAAUGGUUAGAACUUUUGUAGUCAGGUCCUCUGUUGAUUUAACAGGUAGGAUAAAGAAGUGUGAUUUCAGUUUUUCUAAUAUUAUUCUGGAAAAAGAGGAACUUGAUCACUUCCUCCCAGCACUUGUUACUGCGAAACAAGACCCAGCUUUCCAAUUUUCAUGAGCUUUACUACUUAAAUGAAUUAGUUAAGACAGGUUUCAUGAAAUUUGCCCUUCAAAAUCAAAUCCAACUUUAAUUUUCAUAAGAAAUUUUUUAUUUUUAAUCAUUCUUUUCAGAAAGGAUUUUUUUUAAGGAAUAAAUUUAGUAUUUACUUUGGCUUUUUUGAAAGGACUUAUACAGGCUUAUUUGGAAAGCCAUGACAGUAUGGUAAGUUGGAAAACCAAAUUAUUGGAUAUUAUCAAAUAAAGGUUUUCUUUAUAGAAAUCCAGAUUAAAUUCUGUUUAAAGAUUGAAGCAAUAAAAUAAUAUUUUCACUUCUUUUUUUUUUUUUUGCACUACUAAUUUAAGAUGGAAAGAAGCCGUGAAGUUUGCUAAUUUCAGCUCAGAUAGUCUGUAUUACAGAUUAGGCUUCCGAGAAAGUUGAUUAUUGUUGCAAAUAAUAUGUGUGAUUCUCUCCUGGAGAAUUUCAAGGCUUUACAAAAGGCUGAAGGAUAUUAGUGGCAAUAAUAUCUAAAUUCAGGGAUCUAGUGUAAACCAAUAUGAAAAUCAGUUCUCACUUGGAGAGUCCACUUUUUUUUCUGGUCACUUCUUAAGCCAUUUGUGCUUUCUGUGAUACUGUAACAUAUCCAAAUUUCAAAAGGACAAGUACUAUAAUACCUUUAAGAGAGAGACCUGAAUACAUUGAAAUAUAUUAUGCCAAAGUCCAUAAACUGUAUAUGUAUUACAUAUUUCUAACUAUUUAGCUAACUACAUUUUACUCUACAAGAUUAUUGUAUGUGUGUGUAUAAAAUUAUAAAGAGAGACCAGUUCUUUCUGCAUCCCCUUCCAUGCCUUGGAGAAACAGGGACAAAUUGGCUUCAUCUUGUUUGUUACUACAGUUGGUUGGCUGCCCUAA